AGCUGGCAGCUCAGCUGUACGACAUGCUUGGGGAUGCGGCGUUUGAGAGCUUGCAUGAGCUUAUGGAGCACAGGAAGUCCGUAACCCGCGCCCUGAGUGCCGCCAUCGCCCGCUACAAGGAGCUGUACGGCGGGGGUGCCGUACUGGGGGACAUGGGCGGUACGGCAGGUGCAGGUGCAGGUGGCUCCGCCUCCUCCUCAAUGCCAGUGUACGGCACCACCGUCACCAUCACCAGCAGCAGCCAGAAGCUGCUGGCCAAACUGCAGCGCAAGGAUGCUAAGAAGCAGGGCUCCAAGGGCAAGAGCGACGCGGAGGUGGAGGUGGAGUGGCUCAUGCAGGCGGGCAUGCGCGCGCUGAUGGACAUCGAGGCGCCCCCCGCCGCCGCCGCCAACACCAUCCUGCUGGCCGGGGGGGUGGAGCUGCGGAUAGGCAGCGGGGAGGGGCAGGCGGGCGGGGCGGCC